UCGAAUUAAACAUCCCAUGUCGCAUACUGUUUUUGUAUAGAAAGUAAACCGUCAAAUGCCGAGUAUAAUGACGUUUAGACGCAUCAUAUAAAUUUAUGUCAAAAUAUUUUGAGCAAUGGUAGAGACUGCCUGCGAUCCUACAUUUGAGAGACAUUUUAAAGGUCAUAAAGAUGGAAUUACUGCUUUGUGCUUUCAUCCAAAUGCUACUCAACUCGUGUCAAGUAGUCUGGAUAAAACAUUAUUGGUAUGGAAUUUGUCAGAAUUAGUGAGAGCUUACAGAUUUAUAGCUCAUAAAGAUGGUAUUUUGGAUGUGUGCUAUGCACCAUCUGGAGAAGUUAUAGCCAGUGCUUCCAAGGACCGAUCUGUGAGAGUUUGGGUUCCUAAAGUUACAGGACAAUCACUAGACUUUAAAGCUCACAGUUCAGCUGUAAGGUCAGUGCAAUUUAGUCCAGAUGGAGAAAAGUUACUUACUGCAUCAGAUGACAAAAGUAUAAAGCUAUGGAUGGUAUGUCAGAGAAGAUUUCUUAUGUCAUUUAGUGGGCAUACAAAUUGGGUUCGAUGCGCUAAAUUUUCUCCCGAUGGUAGAUUGAUAACAUCCUGCAGUGAUGAUAAGACAAUAAAAAUAUGGGAUAUCAUUAGUGGAAAAUGUGUUAAAACCUUUAAUGAGAUAAAAGCAUGUGCUACAUAUGUGGAGUUUCAUCCAAGCGGUGCAGCUAUUGGUUCAGCAAACAUGGGUGCAUGUAUUAAAUUAUAUGACUUAAGAACAGGCUCUUUGUAUCAGCAUUAUGCUGCUCACAAAGGGCCUGUAAACAUGAUCAAAUUCCACCCAAAGGGUAGCUUCAUGUUGACAGCUUCCAAUGAUUCUACAAUAAAGGUUUUAGAUCUAUUAGAAGGUCGACCAAUAUAUACUCUAAAGGGACAUGCUGAUAGCGUAACAUCGAUAACGUUUUCACAAGAUGGUGACUUUUUUGCUUCUGGCAGCGCGGAUCGACAAGUGUUAAUGUGGAAGUCUAAUUUUUGUAAAAAUGACAGAUACUUUAAAUCCUUAAGAAAGGUCCCUGAACAAUCAAUACCUUCUGGUAGCAAACAGGAGUCUGACAGUGAAGAUAGAAAGUCAUCUACAAACAGUGACAAACAUGAAGAUAUGCAAGAGGAGCAGAAUCAAGAAACAGAUAUAUUAGAUGCAUUAGAAAUGUUGGAUUUAGAAUCAAACAGAAGUUAUUGUAAAGGACCCAUAGCUGAGAUGCCAACAAAAAGUAUAAGCAGAAAGAUCGAAGUGAUCAACUUGAAGAAUACUAUAUCUUCUGAAAAAGGUCGUGUAAUAAACAUCCCAGUUUCACAAGAUGAUACAUUGCUAUGUAUGUAUUCGUCUAGUCAGUCCGUUAAAGCAGUAGAAGCACUUCGUGAUCAAGUCCAAUCAUUAUAUGACACUGUUAACAUAUUAGAGCAACGUUUGACAGUAUUAGAGGAGGAACUUAAAAAAUGAAUUUAUAUUAUCUUAUAUAUUUUAUCUUUGUCAUUAGAUAUUAAUGAUUAAUUAAUGAAAUAAUAUACCUGUGUGUUUGUGUGUGCCAUCUUGACAAAUAAUUUAUACUUUCCGAGCAGAAUUGACGUGAGUAGAAUUUGUAAUAUAUAUUAUAAAUAUAUGUAAUAUAUAUUAUAAAGAUUACCGCAGCUUGAUAAAUUUU